CCUGACUAAGUUGUCUAAGAAACACCCUUUAUAUCUCCCUGUAAUGUAAUUCAUUCAUAAACAUUCCUUUGAAUCUCUUCUUCUUCGUAGCCAUUUUGUAAGCAUGGGUCAAACUCUUAAUACAAUGGCACAACAAAACCAAUCAAAGGAAGAGUUAAGCAUGGGACAAACUCCUACUACAAAGACCCAACAAAACCAUUCAAAAGAAGAGUUACUCCAUCAACUUGUUUUAACUACCAACGUUGACGCCAUUAAAGCUCUUUGCACACAAGGUGUUGAUCUUGAGUGGGUUGAUAAAGAAGGAAAAACUGCUCUGAUGGUGGCUUGUAUGGAAGCUGGGUUGUCCAAUGUAGCCAAAACUUUGAUUCAACUGGGUGCUAAUGUCAAUGCUUAUCGUCCUGGGAGACAUGCAGGUACUCCUUUACAUCAUGCAGCUAAAAGAGGUCUCCACCAGACAGUUCUGUUACUUCUAGCCAGUGGAGCGAAUACUCUAGUAGUAAAUGAUGAGUGGCUCUUGGCGCUUGAUGUUGCUAGAACAAAAAGACAUACCAAUGUUGUUCGUGCUAUUGAGAAUCAUAUGUGCUUAUUCUCUGGAUGGCUACGGGAAUUUCAAGGUCCAGGCUUUCUUGAGGCACUAGUUCCUCAACUAUUAUCAAGAAAAAUGUUUGUCUCUAUUUUGAAGGAUUGGAGCUCUCGUUUUAUUAUAAUUUAUGAUUCCCAUAAACUCACCAGCUUAUUAAGGCUCGUUGUUUGCAGCUGGGAUGUUUGCGUCUGGGUUGUUAUUACACCUCAUGGUUCCUCUAAGUCCUUGGAGGCCAUGAGAUUGGAGCUUGCCAUUUAUACUACUUUGCAGAUAUAUAUUUCGUCAAUUGAGGCAGCCUUCAAAGUGGAACUCUUGUCGAAUAUUAAUGAGUUGGGGCAGCCUUCCUAUAGGAACAUGUUCAUAAUGCAUAUCUGGAACUUGUUACUUUUUUCUCAGCAAUCUGAACUAUUUUCAAAUAUUCCUUUGUGGAAAAUAUGUGCUUCCAUUCAGUCCGCCGCACUUACUGAUACUGGCCACAGCGCUGAAACAGCUAAUACAAAUAGUUGUGGAAAAUAUGUACAUGGUGAGAGUUACAGUGCCGCAUCCUCACAUUCAGAAGCAAGCAGCAGUGUGCGAGUUGAUAACUCGACAAAGGAAGAACACAACGGCUGGGGUGUGUGGCCUUUUGGCUGGAGUGUGUGGCCUUUCAGCAAACAAGGUCGCGUAGACACCCAAACCACCGUGCCGGUUGCUCAAACGAGCGGUGCAGUUAUUCCAUCAGCGCCCCCGAUUCCUGAUGAAGGGCCAAUCCAGUAUCCAUCAAUUGAUUCGAGUCCGGUGGACUAUUCUGCUCCACCAGAAGAACAUGCGAGUUAUGCAACAAGCAAUGUGAAGAAUGAAGGUGAUUCCGCAUCGUCGUGUAUAAUAUGUUGGGAAGCUCCAAUGGAAGGUGCAUGUAUUCCCUGUGGUCACAUAGCUGGUUGCAUGGGUUGUUUGAGUGAGAUCAAAGCCAAGAAGGGUGUUUGUCCAAUUUGCCGAAACAAAAUAGACCAAGUUUUAAAGCUUUAUGCUGUGUGAGACUGGUUGAUGAUCGUGUCGUGUGGACUUUAAUUUUGUUUUACUUUUCCUAUUAGAACAUUACGUAUCAACUUCAAGAAACUACUGUCAUUUCUCUAAGGUUGGGUUUGGAUAGUCUGAGUUAUAUUAUUUUACAUUUACAAUAGUUAUUUAUGAUGAA